UAGCCUCUUCCGGUUGACGCCGGAAGUGGAGGUCCGCGCGGUGCACGCCGGGAUCGCGAUGGCGGCGCUGGAGCUGCUGUCGGAUGAGGGGUACCGGGCCGACGGGCGCCGCGCCGCGGAGCUGCGGAAGGUUCGUGCCCGGAUGGGGGUGUUCGCGCAGGCGGACGGUUCGGCCUACAUCGAGCAGGGCAACACCAAGGCGCUGGCCGUGGUCUACGGGCCGCACGAGCCCCGCGGUCCCCGCAGCAAGGCGCUGUCCGACCGCGCGGUGCUGAACUGCCAGUACAGCAUGGCGACAUUCAGCACCGCCGAGAGGAAGCGGCGGCCGCACGGAGACCGGAAAUCAAUGGAGAUGGCGCUGCACCUCAAACAGACCUUCGAGGCCGCCAUCAUCACCGAGCUGUACCCCAGGUCACAGAUAGACAUAUACGUGCAGGUCCUUCAGGCGGAUGGCAGCAAUUACUGCGCCUGCGUGAACGCCGCCACGUUGGCAGUGAUGGACGCCGGCAUCGCGCUGCGAGACUUCGUCUGCGCCGGCUCGGCGGGUUUGGCAGAGGACGCGGCGUUGGCCGACCUGAGUUACAUAGAGGAGGCGGCCGGGGGCCCGCAGGCGGCGCUGGCGUUACUGCCGGGCUCUGGAGCCAUGGCCUUGGUGCAGAUGGACGCGCGGCUGCACCAUGAAAGGCUGGAGGCCGUGAUGGACGCCGCCGCCGCUGCGUGCCGCGCCGUGCACGCCGUGCUGGAGGAGGCGCUGAGGGAGAGGACCAGGGAGGUGACGGCGCUGCUGGGGGACUGAGGGGAAUAAAGGAGGGGGAGAAGGGGGAGAGGGUCCUGGAAGUUUAUUGGAGUACGGGGUGCGUGUGUUGGGUUGGGUUGGAAGGGUCUUGAAAGGUCGCAGAGCCAUGGGAUGGUUGGGUUGGGUUGGGUUGGGAUGGAAGAGUCAUGAAUGAUCAUAGAGCCAUGGGAUGGUUGGGUUGGGUUGGGUUGGGUUGGGAUGGAAGGGUCCUGAAAGGACACAGAACCAUGGGAUGGUUGGGUUGGGUUGGGUUGGAACGGAAGGGUCCUGAAAGGCCAAAGAACCAUGGGAUGGUUGGGUUGGUUUGGGUUGGUUUGGGUUGGGUUGGGUUGGAAGGGUCCUGGAAGGCCAUAGAGUGAUGGGAUGGUUGGGUUGGGUUGAGUUGGGUUGGAAUGGAAUGGUCCUGAAAGGCCAAAGAACCAUGGGAUGGUUGGGUUGGGUUGGGUUGGGUUGGAAGGGUCUUGAAAGGGCACAGAGCCAUGGGAUGGUUGGGUUGAGUUGGGAUGGAAGGGUCCUGAAAGGCCACAGAGCCAUGGGAUGGUUGGGUUGUGUUGCGUUGUGUUGGAAGGGUCCUGAAAGGCCAAAGAACCAUGAGAUGGUUGU